UCCUCAAUAUCCCUUCAAAUCCUUCCAUAAUCAUCUUAAUCCUUCUCAAGAAAUCCCUAAUUAUUUUCUCGCAUAAUUAUUUUAAGCCCUCGAUAUACUCGGAAAUCAUAUAAUCUCUUGAUAUCUCUCUUAAUCCUUCCAAAUCUCCUUAUAUCCCUCUUAAUCCCAUUUUUUGACUCUAAACUUCCUCAAAAAUAUCACAAUUACCAUACUAAUAAGGAAUAUUAAACUAGUUAAUAAAGGGAAUACAGAAAUACGUAUUAGCUAGUUUGAAGUUAAAAAGGGCCAUUCAAUUGGGGGGCCAUUCAAAUGGAGGUGGCCAUUCAAUUAGAAUAAAUACGGUAAUUUUUUUCAAAAAUUCAGAUGGAACAUUUAGUCUAUUUAAAUCCAGUACUUCAUGUCAACUUCACCCACCCUCUAAUUCAAGGAUUACAAAAACUUUAUAAAAAAGAGCCAGAAUUAGCAUUAAAAAUAUCUGAACAAGUUUAUGACAAUGCUUUAAUUUCUGCUGGACUUUUAAAAGAUUCAAGUAAAAUGGUUGGAAGACUUAAUAAAAUUUUGGGUGAUUUAUUACAAUUAAAUACUGUUAAAUCUUCAAUUAUUACUCCUUGA